AUGUCCGCCAACGGAGAAGCUCGGCCCAAGCGAAGAACAAGCCCGGUCUCGGCCCUCGAGAGACCGAAAAAGCAGCUAAGACAAGAGAAUGGAAUGCCUACGCCAGGGGAUGCCACUCCGCAAAAUGGCUCAGUGUACGACAUCGAGGCGGACGUGAACUCGAUGCCGAUCAUCAACUCCGUUUCAGCAGCGGGAGACUCUCCGGAAUGGCAGGCCACCAUAGAAAGAGUGAUCAAGAGUGUUGUAUCGAUACAUUUCUGCCAGACAUGCUCGUUUGACACGGACCUGUCGACCUCGAGCCAGGCCACCGGUUUCGUGGUGGAUGCUGAGAACGGUUACAUUUUGACCAAUCGUCACGUCGUUUGCUCUGGCCCGUUCUGGGGAUACUGUGUGUUUGACAACCAUGAAGAGUGUGACGUACGACCUGUCUAUCGCGAUCCGGUUCACGAUUUUGGAAUUCUACAAUUUGACCCCAAGGCUAUCAAGUACAUGCAAGUUCAGGCGCUUGGACUCCAGCCUGAGUCGGCCAAAGUUGGGGUGGAAGUGAGAGUGGUCGGAAACGACGCCGGCGAAAAACUGAGCAUAUUGUCGGGUGUCAUUAGUCGAUUGGACCGCAACGCCCCCGAAUACGGCGAGGGCUACAGUGAUUUCAACACGAAUUACAUUCAGGCGGCCGCGGCGGCCACGGGUGGAAGUUCCGGUAGUCCGGUGGUCAAUCUCGGGGGUCAUGCGGUUGCUCUGCAGGCAGGUGGCCGCGUUGAUGGCGCCGCUACCGACUACUUCUUACCCCUGGACCGACCAUUGCGAGCUUUGCAGUGUCUCCAACAGGGACAGCCCAUAACCCGAGGCACGGUCCAGACACAAUGGAUGCUAAAACCCUUCGAUGACUGCAGAAGAUUAGGAUUGACUCCCAACUGGGAAUCUGCCAUCCGCCAAUAUUUUCCAAAUGAGAACAGUAUGCUGGUGGCCGAAAUUGUCCUGCCCGAAGGGCCUGCCGAUGGCAAGAUCCAGGAGGGAGAUGUUCUGAUUAAAGUCAACGGGGCGCUGUUGACGUCCUUUGUCAAACUCGACGCGAUCCUCGACUCCAGUGUCGGGGGAAAGGUGGACCUGUUGUUCCAGCGAGGCGGAGAGGAUCACGAGGUCACGCUGGACGUGCGCGACCUGCAUGCCAUCACCCCGGAUCGAUUUGUCACGGUUGCCGGUGGGAGUUUCCACAAUUUGUCGUAUCAGCAAGCUCGAUUGUACGCGAUCGCUUGCAAAGGGUUAUACGUGUGCGAAGCGGCCGGAUCAUUCAAGAUGGACAAUGCUCUUUCGGGGUGGAUCAUCGACACGGUCGACCAAAAGCCCACCCCGGAUCUCGACGCCUUCAUCGCGGUUAUGAAAACGAUUCCUGAUCGAUCUCGCGUGGUUAUUUCGUACCGGCACAUUCGGGAUUUACAUACACGAGCGACGAGUAUCGUUCAUAUCGAUCGACACUGGCAUCCCAAAAUGAGGUUGUCGAUCAGGAACGACCAGACGGGGCUGUGGGAUUUUCAAGAUCUCGGCAAAGCACUUCCGGCGGUUGCGCCGGAGCCGAAAUCGGCCGAUUUUAUUCAGCUGGACGGGAUCAACGUGCCCGCGGCGGCGGACAUUGUUCGUUCCUUUGUCAAAGUUUCAUGUUACAUGCCGGUCAAGAUCGAUGGCUAUCCCCAAGCGCGCCGAACAGGGUUCGGGCUGGUCAUCGACGCCGGGAAAGGGCUGGUGGUGGUCUCCCGAGCCAUCGUCCCGUACGACCUUUGUGAUAUCACCGUCACCGUGGCGGACUCCAUCCAAACUGAAGGAAGGGUGGUGUUCCUCCAUCCCCUGACCAACUACACGGUCAUUCAAUAUGAUCCGACGUUGGUGCAGGCCCCCGUCCAGACGGCCAAAUUAUCCACCGAGAUGAUCAAGCAGGGAGCCGACACGAUCUUUGUGGGCUUCAACCAGAACCACCGCGUGGUCGUGGCGAAAACCACCGUGACCGACAUCACGGCCGUGGGGAUCCCCGCCAAUGCCGCGGCUCCCCGAUAUCGAGCGGUGAACCUCGACGCCAUCACCGUGGACACGGGAUUGUCAUCCCAAUGCUCAUCGGGCGUUCUCAUUGGCGCCGAUGGAGUUGUUCAGGCGUUGUGGCUCACGUACAUGGGCGAACGAAGUCAAGGGAGCCAUCGCGACACCGAGUACCACCUCGGCCUGGCGACGAGCAUGAUCAAGCCGGUGAUCGACCAGAUCCGUGCGGGGAUCAUUCCCCAGCUUCGAAUUCUGAACAUGGAGUCGUACGUGGUCCAGAUGGCACAAUGUCGCAUCAUGGGCGUGUCGGAAGAAUGGAUCAAGAAAGUGGCCAAAGCGAACCCGUCACGGCAUCAACUCUUCAUUGUGAGGAAGGUCGACUGUGGUCCGGCCCAUGGACCCGGUGAUGGGCAAUUGCUCCAGGAGGGAGACAUCAUCCUCACCCUCAACGACCAGCUGAUUACCCGGGUCUCCGACUUUGAUAUCAUGUACGAUCAGGAAUGGCUGGAUGCGUUGGUGAUACGCAAGGGCAAGGAAGUGCGCCUCAGAGUGCCCACGGUGCCCACGGCAGAUCUGGAGACGUCUCGGGCCGUCAUCUUCUGCGGAGCCGUUCUCCAGAAACCUCACCAUGCGGUGCGGCAACAAAUCAGCAAGCUUCAUUCCGAAAUCUAUGUCAGCGCCCGAAGCCGAGGGUCGCCCGCAUACCAAUAUGGACUGGCACCGACCAACUUCAUCACACACGUUAAUGGCGUGAAGACCCCGGAUCUGGAUACCUUUGUCAAGGAAGUCAGCAAGAUCGAAGACAACACCUAUUUCCGGCUGAGGGCCAUGACUUUUGAUAAUGUGCCAUGGGUGGUGACAAUGAAGAAGAACGAGCACUAUUUCCCCAUGUCGGAGUACGUGAAAGAUGCAAACCGACCGAAUGGAUGGAAAGUGAUUUCAUACUCGGCCCGGGGGAAGAAAUCCGGAACGAAGGAUGACGGUGCACCGGUGACAGCGGAGGCGAUGGACGAAGAAGGCGAAGACGGAAGUGAUGGGGAUGAAGCACCUGAUACAUUGCAGAAGUAA